AUGACAAAACCAUUCAUUGAUAGAAAGAAUAAACAGGUCUUUACACUCUAUAAAUCAACAUCUAGAGAUAGGCAUGGCAAAGAACACACUCAAUAUGAUCUCGUUGAGAAGAAAAAGGACGGUGCACCAGUAACAGAGGAGUACACCAACGAUGAUGAGUAUGAUGAUGGAGAAUACUAUGAAGAUGAAGAAUAUGAUGAGGAGUAUGAUGAUGAAUAUGAUGAGGACUACGACGAUGACGAGAACCACCAGGACGGCGAGCAACCACAAAAGAAGCCAGAGGAUGAUGAUCUCUACCUGCUGGGAUUCAAGAAAGACGGAUAUGACUACAGCAAGCAUCUGAGACCCAUUGGUGGUGGCAUGUUCAUCCCAGCUGUAUACGAUAUGAACGAACUAAAGAAACAUAAGGGUGGCAUAUUAGAGCUCGUCAAGAAGAGUGAGCCAGCACCAUUCAUGUAUGGUCUGGAAGAGAUUGCCAAGGACUAUGUAAAGAAUGAGAAGGAGAUGUUAGGACAGGUUGACGAUGAUGUGAUUGAGGCCCUUGGACAAGAGGGAGAGUUUGAGGAACUGGACGACGAUUUCAUUCUCCAAGCAAAUGGAGGAACACUUGACGGCUUGGAAAAGGAGGUUUUGGAGACACGCAAGCGACUCAAGGCAUUGGAUAUGCUCGAUGAUGACGAUGACUAUGAAUACGACUACAAUGAUCAAGACCCCAGUGUACAAAGAGCCGAUGGAAGAAGGAACAGAUUGGUGGACGAGGCACUCGAGUGUCAGUUGGACGUCGCCCUGGCAGAGUUUGACGAUGAUGACGUUGGCGAGUUGGACAAGGAGCGCGCCAAAGGACAGUACUCGACAGAGGCCUACAAGGAGGUGUUUGACGAAUUCAUUGAGAACUACGAGGCAGAUCACCGUCCAUUGCACGAGCAGCUGGAGAUUCUGAAGCGUGAGGACCCCAACGUCCCGCUGACUGCCGAGGAGAAGAGGAUCAUCAUUGCAAGAAACUGGGAGGAGGAUGAUGAGGAAGAGGUCGAAGUGGAAGAGGACGAGGACGAGAAGUGGGACUGCGAGACCAUCUUGACGACCUACUCCAACAUCUACAAUCAUCCACAAUUGAUCAAGGAGGUCAAGCCAAUCAAACUGUCCAGGAAGACUGGUAUGCCCGUCGGUGUGCUCAAUCAACAAGUACCUGCUGACGAUGAUGAGGAUGAGGAGGAACGUAUCAACCUUGGUCAAUCUAGAAAGUAUGAAACAAAGGAGGACAAGAAGCUGCGAAAGAAAGCACUGAAAGUGGAUAAGAAGGUGUCAAGAGAGCAAAAGAAGGAUCUAAAGAAGGCGUUCAAGUCUGAGGAGAUCAAGCAGCUCAAUGUUAUGAAGGCGCAGAGACUAAACAAGCUUGUGUCCAUUCAGUAUUAA